ACAUCGUGAUACGGGAAUUUUAUAUAUUAGAUUAUCGCUAGUAUUUGCGUAAUUAUGAUAAUGUAAUUCUUAUUUCAUUUAUUGAACCAACAAUUUGUAUACCCAUUGUAAUGACACUAAUCACCAAAAAAUAGCAUAAAAUUAUUUCAAAUUAUUAAAGUCACUCAACCCUAAUAAUACGACAAUAUUGAUGCAAGUUGCCCUUGCGCAGUUUUCACAAUUGCCCGCUUGGGAGCGCACGCGCAGGUCGCCGUGCAAACAGCAGUCGCGAAGGCUCGCUUGGGUAACAUCCGUUGGAUGUGUGUGUUUGACAAAUAUUUCGUUGACGUUUAGUGCAAUGUUGUGUAAGAAGAUGACAUGGUAUGAAUGUCAAAAAUAGUGAGGGGACAUUUUGCGAUUUACAUUCCUUUUAUAGGAGUUAUGGAUAAACGUGAAGUCUGUUAAGAACUGUUUAGUUUCGCAUGCUUCCAGCAAGUUGUUAAGAAGAAUCCAAAGGGUUCUAUCCCAAACCAAAGAUGAGAGGGGCGGCGCGGGGACUGGCGCUGCUGGCGCUUUUUGUCUUCACGAUAGCUGAGUCCACUGAAGAAUUAAAAAAUGAAUCAGUGGAGAGCGCAAGCGUCUCAACAGGCAGUUCUCAAGAAGAGAUUGAAGAGCCCAAGGCCUAUAUGAGGGCUCCAGCAGUCGGAGGAGUCGCAGUCAGGAGCGGAGAGGACGCCCUCCUCACCUGCGUGGUCCUUGGUGCUAAGGGCCGGCCGGUCCUCUGGCGGAGAGCCAAGGAUCUCCAGCUGCUAACCGCUGGAGGAGUCAGGGUAACCAGAGACGAUAGAGUCGAUGUUCUCCACGAUGAUGGUAAGAAUACAGCGGACGACCCGCUGCCCGGGCCAGGGAUCGCGAAGGGCGGCGACGUGUGGGCCCUCGUCAUCAAGGCGGUGAAAGCGUCUGAUGCCGGCUUGUACAUGUGUGAACUAAACACGGAACCCCCUGUCAGAAGUUUCCAUAGACUUACAGUGAUAUCACGAGGUCUGACGCCGCCUGAGAACCAGAACGUGACUGACAGCUACUCAGCUAACGUGCCGACACUAUCGUCUCUCGCUCUCUCACACAACUACACGGAUUGCUGCGUGGCCGCUAACGUCACGAAGACAUGCCUCGGCUUCUGCAGCAUACAGACCAUUCUAGAAGGAACGGGACAGGAUCCUGAGACCUGUCAACCAGACUUCCCAGCUAUUGUCAAAUGCAUGGCAGACGGACGCAACCACGUCCCCUGCUGCGUUCAGGAGCGGGUCCCGGACAUCUGCCAGGAUGUCUGCCGGGGAGAGUUCACCCCAGUCACUGAUAACAUCAAAACACAUUACUCCUGUGCCUCCUACAUGGAGAAGACGUUAGCUUGUAUUGUCGAGGGUAUUGAACUCCUCCCAAGUCCUCCUGAAGACGUUGAAGUGGAACCUCUAAACGAGAAACAAUUGAAUGUGUCGUGGAAUCCUCCUAUUGAGAACACAGACUCGGUCACAGAGUAUGUCGUCAACGUCACCACUCUCCGUUCCUUCGAUGCCCACCUCAUCGACCCCUCAGAGAGCUCCAUCAAAAACAACGGCUCCAUGAAGAGCGUCCAGUCCAUGACGUACAAAGUCCUAUCCAACAAGACUUUCUUCAUCCUGAAUGAUCUUCUGCCAUUCACAAUGUAUGAAAUCACCGUGACGUCAUACAAUAUUCACGGCUCAAGCUUGCCCAGUUACGCGAUCAGGUCACUAACCCUGACUCCUGGGAAGAUGAAGUCUACGGAAGUAGCAGCAGCCCCCAAACUGCCCGAUGUGAGAGGGUGCUGUGUCUCCGCCGGAGUCAACCACUACGGCUGCGUCGACAAGCUCUGCGACCCCACCAAGACCUUCGAGAUCGCAUUGCAGGUCACAGAUCUGAUGAUCUGCGCGCCCUGGGCUGGGGUGACCUUCGGAUGUCUGGCGAACGGUAUGGACCAUACUCCUUGCUGCCGCUCCCGGGGCCUGCCGGAGUCAUGUUUGCCGCUCUGCAGUGGAAACAUCACUACCCUUGAUUUCAAUCAUUUUAAAUGUCUCCGCUACAUGACCUCCUACACGAACUGUUUGCUACGCGGCUACGGCGUCCUGCCAGGCGCUCCGUCACGCCUCUACCUCACAAACAUCGACACAGACUACGCCGUAGUACACUGGUCCCCGCCUGCCGCCCUGGCGGACACCGUGCAACACUACAACUUGCAUUUCAAGACGUUACAGGCUGGUGAUGAAUAUAGGGUGCUGGAGAAGGUACAUUCUCCUUAUAUUCUUGAGGACUUAGAAUCGAACAUGGACUAUGAAAUUUAUGUGGAGGCAGUCAAUGAGCAUGGCGUGGGAGAUGCUUCUCCCAGACUUAUAUUCAGGACGCAGAGCCAGGUUAUCGAAGAAGAAGAGGAAAUAGCGAAUGCCUACAAUGUGACGGCGUGUUGUGAACGGGUGCAGCUGGCCGGGGUCUGCAUGCCGCUGUGCUCCUACGACGCCAAGAUGUCCGACCUCAGGAUGUUGGCUCCGCUAUGUGCGCAGGACUUCCACAAACUGUUGAGAUGUGGUGCUGGAGGUCGCAACCACGAGUCGUGCUGCGCGCGGCGCGGCGUGGCGGCGGCGUGCCGCGGCGUGUGCGCGGGCGCGCUCGGCGGCGGCGUCAACUCCUGCGUGCCCUACAUCGGGAACAUCGUGCAGUGCUUCGAGGAGGGUACUGGUCUCCUACCAGGUCCGCCGCGCGAGCUGCACGCGCUGGUGAGCAGCGGGCGCGUGACGCUGGAGUGGGGCGCGCCCCCCGACGGCGCCAACACCACCGCCUACGUGGUGCACUGGCAGAAGAUAGACAACAACACGCAGCCCUACAGCUACAACACCAUGCAGUCCACUUAUAAUAAAAUGAACGUGACGGACACAGUGGCGAAGCUGGAAGGUUUGGAACCAAACAGUACGUACCACGUGUUUGUGGUGGCAAGCAACAGCUUCGGAGAGUCCCUACCGUCCAGCAUGCUGCUGUUCAACGUCACUGAUGCUGAAGAGAAGGAGAUAGCAGGCAUCCCGUCUCCCCCUCACUCGCUCUCCGUGUCCUCGCACUCCGCCACCUGGCUGACCCUCACCUGGCAGCCACCGCAGUUCUCGCAGCCCGACGAGAAGAUAUCAUACACGUUAUUCUACAAAUCGCCGACACAGCUAACCCAAACAAACAUCACGAAUAUAACAACGACGGUACCGGGACAUACCCUGGAGAAGCUGUCCCCGAACACGCAGUACGUGGUGUGGGUGAAGGCGCACGCGGCGGCCGGAGACUCGCAGCCGUCAGAGACACUGCUGGCCUGGACUGACCCUGCGUACCCUGCGUAUGUCGAGCCCCCGUCGGUGAACCCCGUGAACCUGGUAGUGGAAGGCUCCAGCAUGACCAUCCUGUGCAUCGCCAUGGGGACCCCCACACCCACCAUCUCUCUCUAUAUCUCCGGUCGCCUGGUGAGGCAGGAGGUGACUCGGCACAUGGUCACUGUGAUCCACAACGUGACUCGUGACAUGGACCAGAUCUCCUGCUACGCUGACAACGGUUACGGCACCCCCAUGCAGGCUUCCAGGAAGAUUAACAUCUCACACACGCCAACGAUCCAAGCAUCGGGCAUCACAAUGGCCGCAGCCGGCGACGCCGUGAUCCUCGAGUGCCGCGUGGAGGCGCUCCCCAAACCCACCAUCGCGUUCUGGAGAGACCCCCACGGAAGGACACCAGUUAUUGACGGACCUAACUACCAUAUACAGUUACUGGCUGAUCCAGAGGAGCAAACGAAAUACACAAUGCGUCUUAUAAUAAAGAAGAUAGCAGAGACAGAUGAGGGUGACUACUACUGUCACGCAGAGAACGCUUUCGGUAAAACUCUGAGACCGGUCUCGGUGCGACUCAGGCCGACCACGCCGCAUCACAACGUCACCGAGUGCUGCACACAAAUGAACGUAUCGUCGACGUGUAUCGACGCGUGCAGCUUCCACCUCGACAUGGACAACAUCAUGGACCGGCCCGAGUGCAUGAACGACUUCGACAAACUCAUGAAGUGCGCCGCUGAUGGCUCUGACCACCGCAGCUGCUGCGCAUCAUGGGGCGUGCCCCGCAACUGCCUGGAGCUGUGUCGCGGCGGCGCGGUGUCGCGCUCGUGCGCGCUGCAGCACGCGCGGCGCGCGCUGGCGUGCUUCCGGGACUCGGGCGCGCGCCUGCCCGGCCCGCCGCGGAACCUCAAGGCGCAUGUCGCGCCCACGCCCAACUCUGUGCUGCUCAGUUGGGAAGCUCCUCUCAAGAACCCUCAGACAGUAUACCUGUACCGGGUGUUCUGGCGCGCGUACGGAGCUAAGGUCCCGGAGAAGCUGGACACCAGCGAGACCAGCGUCGUGCUCACCGGCCUGCAGGACGACGUGCGCUACGAAUGCGUUGUCAAGGCUGCCAACGAUGUCGGUACAUCGUCGCUGAGCCCGGCCAUCCUGUUCACGACGGCGGGGCAGGAGGCGGGCGCGGCGGCGGCGCCGGUGCGCGGGGGGGGCGCCGCCUCCGCCGUGGGCGUCGCGCUCGCCUGCGUGCUCGUGGCCGCCAUACUGCUGGCCGCGGCGCUCUACUAUAGGUAUAGGAAGAAUCUUAGACUUAAGGCACAAGGAGGUGUAGCAUUUGAAAACCCAAGCUACCUCAGGGAACCCAAUCCUGAUACAGCCGUUAACGGCACAGUACCAAACGGCACCGCCAACGGAGCCAACGGCACAAACGGCGUCGCGCCGAUAGCCAACGGCGUGUCGAACAGCUCCGCGUGGAGACAAGAGACGCUGAACAACCCCGGUACCACGAUACCCACCGCGCGGGAGGUGGACCCCACGCUGUACGAGGAGCUGAAGUUAGGGCACGACGGCGCGGGCUUCAAGAGGCUGAAGCCAUAGCCCGAGAGCGCGCGCCGCUCGCCGCUCCGCUCACCGCUCCGCUCGCCGCGACUGUCCUCGCCGCGGGUGGCGCCGCGCUACUGAGCCGCGAGCCCGCGCGCGCGCCCACACACACAGACUCGCUCGCAAACUAUUACACAAUAAAUUUUAAUAAAUGACGUGAAGUCAGUUGCGAGUAACGUUUAUGUAUUUGGUCAUAAAUCGCGAUCAACCCAUCGAUAGUGUUUUUAAAUUAGGAAUGAGAAUCGCGAUUAAAAACCAUUUGUUCUAAAUUCGAAAUUCAAAAUUUGAUUAUUGCCAGUAUUUUACCAUUUAUGAAACGUUAAAUUCAAAAGUGUUAAGUGAGCGAGUGAAACAAAAUUGGACAUUCAGUAGUGUUGCAGAAUAGGAUAGUUAACGUGGCCGGAGCGGAUUGUAGAUAAUAAAUAUAAAUAAAAAAAGUAAUUAUAUUUUCAGUAUCGUACUUGUUGUGAUUUUAACCAAAAAAAAGAAGACCUCAUAACUUCUUGUCAUUUCAUGUAAAUAUUUAUAACUACCGACCAACGGAGAUAAAAUCUAUGGUUUAGAAAGAUUUUAUACCGAUCGUUCGAUAGUGAUAAAGACGGAGUUUCUUUUACGCGCUCAACUUCACCCCUAACACUGACGUUUAAUUAAACCUACGAGCAAGUUUGUAAAUAUGAAAUUGAAACAUUUUAGCGCGUAAAUGAAUCGCCGUCUUAACGAAGUUCUAUAGAUCACUAGCUUCAGAAUAAAGACGGAAUUAAAUUAGGUCAUUCUUUAAACAAAAAUGUGCCUUCGAAUGUUAUAUGAAGUAAUUAGUGAUAGCUUAGUUACCUGUUCGGCAUGUAAAUUGUAUUUAGUGUAAAUAUACCGUUCUUAUACACCCAUGAUCAGGACUCCUUAGUACAGAGCGGGGAGAAACGUAGUUUUGUUCAAAUUUAGAAUAAUUAUAAAUAAAUAUGUAUAUUUUUUGUAUAGUAUUUCUUCUUCUCUUACUUUUUGGUAAAAAAUUAAGAGAUAUUAUCCGUUCUCUAUAAACCCUUGGUCGUUUAAAAAUGUAUUAUGUAAAAACACCAAUUCUUACAUUUUGAAGACUUGGCAAACGUCUUUUCUCCCCAAUAUUAUUGUAAAGUAGUGACGACAUGAGAUUCUAAAACAAUCUAUACUGUAAUAAAUAAUUAGGAAAUUUUGAUAACGUAAAAAAAACAAUCAUUCCAACCUCUAUUUAGAAGGGUCUCGGACUGGCUCUGCCAUAUCAAGUUAGGAUUAUUUUAUAAAAAAAAAUGUAAAUUAAAAAUAGUUUACAAUUUAAUUUGAAAAUAUAGUAAAUAUUUUUAAUAACAAAAAAAACAUGACCUAAUUUCAAUUAAUCUUUAAAAUUCGAAUCACACUAUGUAUGUACGAAACUUUUUUAAAUCAUUAAAAAUAUUAAAAUGAUCUCAUUGAUGACCAUUCCAUUAAAUGUCGACAAAAAAAAACGAAAUUCAUAAUAAAAAUAAAAUAUUUUACGUUGUGAAAAAAAAACAUUAUUAUUUUUCAUUAUUAUUUACACUUUAUUUUUUUAUCUGUAUUCUAAGUAUUACUUGACAUUGUUAAUUAAGAUUGUUCUGUUAAUUAACGUAUGGCCUAAUCCCCGUACAAGUACUGUGACAUAGUGUGUACUUGCUCAGUCGAUGUGAUUGAUAGUUUAUUUAGCACCUCUACCAUACUAAUUGUAUAAUUUAGAUGAACAAACGGAUGUGAUUAGAUUUGUAAAUAAUAUUAAUAAAAAAAGGACAAAUACGUUUA